AUGUACUGGCUCGGCGCCCCGGUCAACAGCAGCGCACCGCGGGGCACCCUCCGACGAACCGGUUACGAUUCAUUUGUUCCUGGCCUGCCUGGCCACAGCUUGGCUCAAGCGUCUUUUCCAGUGCUAGCAAGGUUCGAGAGUGUUCCCAACGAGGCUAUGUUUUGGUUUGUCCUGGACUGCUUUGGGUAG